GUGCUGAGCGCGGAGGAGGCAGGCCUGGUAGAGAGGGGCCAGCACCCGGCCAGUGUGAGCCACCAGGACACCAUAGACGAGAGCAACAUGCCGGAGCUCAUACAGGGGACCUCGUGUAUCAUUACACAGGACCACGUCAACCAGGUGUUUGGAGCCUACCUCAGCGACAAGAUCAAGACGUCCGAAACGUUUUACGGACAAGGCUCAACCUUCCUGUUCACGUUUUACCCAGAGUUCAAGAAGUACAUGUGGCAGGGAGACAACCAGUUUUUCAUCAACGGCACCUCCGACUUCUUCGCUAUUGGAUCAGGACAGGGUCUGUUCGGUCUGUGGGUGGACGACAACCUGAACCACGGCCGCUCCCACUGCUGUCUCACCUUCCACAACGACGUGCUCACCACGCAGGAAGACUUCCGCAUCAUCGACGUCGAGGCCUGGCAGUUUGUCGAUUGCAGUUUUAGCUGAGGAGGUCCGAACCCUUGCCCCAGCCUUGACUUCCUGCCCCGCCCCCUCGCCGUUCAGUGCCACAUAUGGACGCAGCAGCAGCAGCAGCGGACUGUCAUACAGCCCCGUGUCCC